GAAAGGCAGCCUCCUCGCCCCUGGCGCCGCGGGAUCGGACGGACAUGUUGGCGCUCGGCGCGCACGCAGUGCAGCAGCCCACGGGAGCUGAGGCUUUUCGCGGCUUCGGCGCGUACUGAAACGAUGCUCUCGGCGCGCAGUCGCAUCACCAGUAGUUCACGAUGAUCCGCAGUCGGUCGACGGUGCGAGGAAAGCGUCCCAGGCUAAAGGGAGCGGCAGUCCUCGUUGACCCCGUGACGGUGUGAAAAAACAAUGCAAGUAAAGCUGCCACCGGGAGGCGUCGCACUCUACAUCUGCCUCUCGCUGCUCGCAUGCGCCGAUGCAGGCUCCGGUGACAGUGGCGUCCGCCAAGAUGGCGCCGCGCUCGAUUGUCCCGAAAUGUGCCAGUGCAGCAGCAGCAGCUCAAGCGACUCUUCUGGUGCGCAACGUGUCGUGUGCUUGGGACAGCUGCGCAGGGCUGUGCCGAAAGACCUCCCACCUCAAGUUGCCUCACUCGAUCUUUCACGGAACAAGAUCAGAAGCAUCAACUCCAGUGAGUUGAUGAGUUCCGCAAGUUACCUGAGACACCUCAAUCUGCACCAGAAUCUUAUAGAAGAAUUAAGUGUUGAUAGCCUUCAAACGCUAGUCUCUCUCCAAGAGCUGGAUGUAAGUGACAAUGUAAUUUAUGCCAUCCAUGUAAAUAGUUUUGAUGCACUCGAAGCUCUUACUGUGUUAAACCUUUCUGGAAACCAACUGGACCAACUGAAACAUGAAUGGUUCCAAGGCCUGUCCAACUUGACUGUGCUCGACCUGUCGCACAACAAGAUUCAGGCACUGAACAACGUAGUGUUCUGGUCGCUUCACCAUCUCGUGAAUUUGCGCCUGGAUUACAACAGCAUCAGCUCUGUGGGGCUCUUAAGCCUGAAGGGUCUCGACUCUCUCAGGUACCUCAAUGUUAGCCACAAUCGCAUCACAACCAUACAAACCGGCACACUACGACCAGCCCCAAAUCUUGAAGUACUGGACAUCAGUUACAACCCAAUGAUAAGCCUUCACGAACCAUUUAAGCACGGGCAUAAUAUUCGUAAACUACAUGCAUCGCACCUAUACAAGCUCUCUCACUUGUCAAAGGCUGUCUUUACAGACUUGGACAGCGUGGAAGAAGUGCUCAUGACCAACUGCCCAGCCCUAGAGACUGUACAGAGUGGUGCUCUUUGGCCACUUAAAGCUCUUCGCAAGCUGGACUUGCGCUUCAACAAUUUCACAACUCUCCCAUCUGGAUUGUUUGACCCACUGGUGCAAGUGGAACGGAUCCGUCUCAAUGGGAAUCCGUGGUUCUGUGACUGUCGCCUCUACUGGCUCCUAUUGUGGCUACGUGACAAUGUGCGGGCUCACAUCCUGUCACCAUCAAACACCCUUUGUGCCAAGCCAUCAAACCUUACCGAGAUCACAGUGCUGGAUGCUGUGGACAAACACAUGGCCUGCCGCAAUGCCACCGUGGUUGAACACACAACGGGAGCGCAUUUUAGGUUAUUUACAUCUGCGGUGCUUUCAUGCCGUGUAGAUGGAAGCCCUGCCCCAUCAAUAACCUGGACCACACCGCACAAGCACCGCUUCAACUGGACAGCGGAAUACGGUGCAUCAGUUGGAAAUUCUUCUCUCAAUGGACGCGUGAAUAUGGGCGACUGCCCCAAGUUUGUACUACUUCCAAAUGGGGACUUGUUCGUGCGUGAGGUCCAACGUGGUGACAGUGGUCAUUACCGUUGUACAGCCACCAAUGUGCUUGGCCACCAGACGGUGGCCAUAAGGCUCACCCUCGACUACGACUUUUUGGUGAAUGUCAAAAUAGUGAGUGUGCUCGUGGGGUGCGCUACAGCGUUUAGUUUUCUGCUGAUCACGAUGAUUGUCAUGGUAAUCAGUGCCAUAUUACGAAGGUUUGGGUUGGAGUGCCCGUGUUGCAUGAUGGGGGAGUCGCCCCGUGCACGACAGCUAUAUCGCAUGCUCGAGAGUCUUGAGCACUACCGGUGCCAGCAGCUGGAGCGGCUUCGAGAUAACUAUGCCUGUCAAGUGCAGAGGAUCAAAGAAAACUGCACACAGCAGAUGGAGAAGAUCAGGGAAAGUUACUCCGGCCAGACAGAUCGACUGAGGGACUUCUGUGACUACGGUACUGCACAAAUCACAAACAUGAGGGAUAACUACUACUCGCAGGUACAGAGGGUUCGGGACUA